AUGCUGGUGCAGCGCUACCGCCGCAGAAAGGCGCCGCGCCGCUGCCCCGUCGGAGCGCGCGCGGGCUCCAGCCUCGCCUUCAACGAGCUCGCGGCGCGCGGUGGCGGGGCGCGCAAGAAGAAGCUCAAGCUCGCCAAGUCCGCCAUCCACUCGUGGGGCCUCUACGCCGCGGAGCACAUCGACGCCGAGGACUUUGUGGUCGAGUACAUCGGCGAGUACGUGCGCUCUUCGCUCGCGGAGCAGCGAGAGCAAAAGCUCGGCUACGGCGACGACUACAUCUUUCGCGUCGACGCCGAGCAGCUCGUGGACGCGACGUGCAAGGGCGGCGUCGCUCGUUUCGCGAACCACUGCUGCGAGCCAAACUGCUACACGCGCAUCAUCACCGCCGGAGGCAAGCCGCGCAUCGUCCUCUACUCGAAGCGGCCCAUCGAGCCCGGCGAGGAGAUCACCUACAACUACAACUUUGACAUCGACGAGGACCCGACGCUGCGCAUCCCGUGCCGCUGCGGCUCGAAGGGGUGCAAGGGCUUCCUGAACUGA